AGCAAAGCGAAAUUCAUUUGCGAACUGUCUUCAGUAAAGAAAGAAAAUUUCAUAAGAAAAUAAAAUUUUAUAAAAAUUUGCAAACUGAAAAUAAAAACCAUUUUUUUUUUUAACUUGAAGUUUUAAAGUUUGUUUAAUUAAAUUACAAUAAAAUCAAGCAAAAUGUUGAUGGUUUGGAAAAGAUUGAGCGCAGGCUGGAAACUAGGACGGUCCAGGGGACAAUUUGAACUAGCAGAUUACUACUCGCAUUCGCGUUCUCUUCACACCUCGCUCCUAUUGUCCAAGGAUGAUGAUAAGAAAAGCGAAGAGUCUUCCAAGAAAGACGAUCCCUGCGAGGAGGGUGAGAAAUCGGCCAAGGAUGAAGCCACCGAUGCUGGGGACAAAAAGAAAUCGGCAGAUGGCAAAGAUCUUGGUGCGCUGCUGGGCAAACGUCGCGAAGGAGUUGUUUACUCCGUCAUUGGUCCAGUUGUGGAUGUUUACUUCGAAGACGAGGUGCCCGAUGUGCUCAACGCCAUGGAGGUGCAAGAUGCACCCAUUGGACGUCUGGUGCUGGAGGUUUUCCAUCACUUGGGCAACAAUGUGGUGCGCAGCGUGGCCAUGGAUGCCACUGAAGGACUGCGACGAGGUCAGAAAGUGAUCGAUACGGGUUUUCCCAUUCGUGUGCCUGUGGGAAAAUCCGUCUUGGGCCGCAUUAUGAAUGUGGUGGGGGAUCCCAUCGAUGAACGUGGUGAGAUCAAAAGCGAUUUCUAUUCCUUCAUCCACAAUGAUGCGCCUGAGCUGGCGGAUUUGAGUGUCAAACCAGAAAUGCUGGUGACGGGCAUCAAAGUGAUUGAUUUGCUCGCUCCCUAUGUGAAGGGGGGCAAGAUUGGACUAUUUGGUGGCGCUGGAGUGGGCAAAACUGUGCUCAUCAUGGAGCUGAUCAACAACAUUGCCAAGUCCCAUGGUGGCUACUCGGUUUUUGUGGGCGCUGGCGAACGCACACGUGAAGGCAACGAUCUAUAUCACGAGAUGAUUGAAAGCAACGUCAUUUCACUGGAGGAACCCACUUCGAAGGUGGCGCUCGUCUAUGGCCAGAUGAAUGAGCCGCCAGGUGCUCGUAAUCGUGUGGUGCUCACCGGUCUGACGAUUGCCGAGUAUUUCCGGGACAUCGAUGGCCAGGAUGUGCUACUCUUCAUCGACAAUAUAUUCCGCUUCACUCAAGCCGGAUCGGAGGUGUCUGCACUGCUGGGAAGAAUCCCCUCGGCUGUGGGUUAUCAACCCACAUUAGGCACUGACAUGGGCACAAUGCAGGAGCGCAUUACGAGCACUCGCAACGGCUCCAUCACUUCGGUUCAGGCGGUCUAUGUGCCAGCUGAUGAUCUCACGGAUCCGGCACCAGCUGCCACCUUCUCCCACUUGGAUGCCACCACCGUGUUGUCGCGUCCCAUCUCUGAGCUGGGCAUUUAUCCAGCUGUCGAUCCCUUGGACUCAACGUCGCGCAUUCUGGAUCCCGAUAUUGUGGGUGAGGAGCACUACAAUGUUGCCCGUGCCGUGCAGAAGACGCUGCAGAGCUACAAGUCUCUGCAGGACAUCAUUGCUAUUCUGGGCAUGGAUGAACUCUCCGAGGAUGAUAAACUGACGGUGGCACGUGCCCGCAAGAUUCAGCGGUUCCUUUCGCAACCCUUCCAGGUGGCCGAGGUUUUCACAGGUCAUCCGGGCAAGCUUGUGCCUGUGGAGAAGUCCGUAGAAGGCUUCAAGCGUCUGCUCAACGGUGAAUACGAUGAUAUUCCAGAGAUUGCUUUCUAUAUGGUCGGAGAUGCUGAGGAGGCAUUGGCCAAGGCAAAUCGAUUGGCGUCCACCAUGAAUCCGGAUGAAGCAGAUGCGGAUCCAAAGAAAGAUAAGAAAAAGGAUGAGAAGAAAACUGAGGGCGGGGAUAAAAAGGAAGUAAAAGCAGAGGAAUCCAAAGAGAAAAAGGACGAAAAGAAAGCAGAUGAGAAAGAAAAGGAGCCACCAAAAUCCGAAGCUAAGGACUCGAAAGACGAUUCUUCCAAAGACAAGAAGAAAUAAGCGAUCUCUGACUUUGCGCACUUUCAUUUUAAUAACUCAAUUUAAUUAAUAAUUCAAUUUGUUAAUUAAUAAUUUCAAACUAUUUGUUAUUUGAAUAAAUGACA